CCUAGAUUACAACAAGAAAUUUUGUACAUUCUUUACAAAGUGAAAGGUACGCGUUUACUGUCACCAGGAUCACAUCCACCCUCAUCUCACCCACAGGUGAUGUGGAGUUAAUAGCGCUCUUGAACGCGUGGGAGAUUGGUAUCUCAUUACAGUCGUCAACUUCAUCCGGGACUACAAGAGGCAUUCUUAAUGUGAAACUGCAGUUAUUUCAGCAUCUUGAGGAGCAGACAUGGGUACAGCGCGCGCAGCUAGAGCGCAUAUUAUAUGGACAUCGAUAGCUUUGGUCCUCAUUUUAAUCGCAUCGUGCUUGACGUAUGUCUUCAUGUCGAAGGUGUCUGGAUGCCAAAGAAUUAGCAUCGUGAAUGUCUCCUCAAUCGAAAGUAUGUUCAGACAUCAAGUCUCGAGAGAAAAAUGGCUUCUAAAAGCUUGCAAUCACACUGAUAAUCGUUUGGUUUGGGAUGAUGAGUGGGAGGACCACAGGAAUCAGGGUGAGAGCAUUCUGGACCAUAACAAAACGUGGAUGGUCAUACGAGAGAAAGGUGUAUACCUGGUCUACAUACAGGUGAACUUCGUUCUAAAGCCACAGAAGAAUAGCGACUCUACUGUAGAACUCAAACUUCUAGUGGAUCUUCUCAAUUAUGGUGAGGAACCGGAGAUAUUUUCAGCUGCACAUGACACUCAGUUGGUGAAUGUCACAGAUGCAAAGCUCAACACUUUCCUUCUGAUAUACAUGCAAUCAACAAACCAGUUAUCAGUGAGAGUAUUUCCAAGUGAUUUGGUGAACUAUGAUCCGCGACCCUUCUCAACAUUUAUCACUAUCAUAAAAUGGGGAGACGACUGGUAGACUGUGGAGCAAUAAAUAUUGCAUAAAUGAUUGGUUAUAUCCACGGACCAUGUCCAAUUUUUACAAUGGCAGCUGUUCUUAUAUUCUUGUUAACUUUAAUUGUGACAUUUCGGUAUGACGCAGUCUCAAGAUCAGCUGCUAGAACACCUGAGAUUUUCCAGCUGUCGUACUAGGAAAUGCUCGUUGACAUUAACAAGGAUUGCGUGGGGGUUAUGAUACUUUCUUGGUGUUUUUUCUUCUUCCUUUCGAAAUAUGAAGAUCACAUCUCAUGAUCUUCUCAGAAGCAUGACACAUUUUCCUCUCAACCGAUAUACAAGUUAAGUUUGUUGUGUUUCAGUUUUUUUAUGAGUCAAUAUGAAAAAGGGCAUGAUAUGCUGAGCACUGACUUUGAAGAUUCUCAUGUAUUACGUAGGCUACAUAAAGUACGUAGCUGCCUGCAACAAACAUUGCUAUACCAAACAGUAGUAAGCUAAUUCAGAGCAAGUGGGUAUUUUUCAAUGAAAGUCUAUAAAUUUAAUCAUGUAGUAUUUAUAAUUAAUCGACAGCUGAAUGUAAAAACCUCAUAACAGCAACAUAUGUUUGAUAUAAAUGCUUAGCGUGUCAUACAAAAGCUAUGAAGCAACACUUUAUUCUGUAAAUAUGGGCUUUGUUUUUAAGACAAGCAAUCACAUUUUAAUUUUAAUAACAACCAACCUCUUAGUAUUUAAUGAACCAAAAUGUUUUGAUAGAUGUUG